CGUCAGAGUUGACCUUUGACCUGAUUGGAGGUCUUUACCUCACCUGCACAGCUGUGGUAAGAGGAGGAGAAACACUGAAACGGCAGAUUUUCAGCGUCACAUUACAGCUGAAAUAAAAUGAACAGUUGAUGAGUUUCACAGAAGAGCUGCAGACGACUUUUGUUUGUCUUUACGAGUUUUAAUUUACCAGGUUUUACUCAACAACUCAGCAGAGUCUCUGUCAAAGACUGGCGGACAGAAAAUCAACAACUUAAACUCUGACGACAUGCAAAUGUGGUGAUUGUGGAAGAAAAACAGCUGUGAGACGACGAGGACAACAAGAGACACGGUGAAGGACCACAAAUACACGAGAGAGUCAGACUCAAAGGAAGAAGAAAAGUGAAAGUAACCAACAAGUUGUGGACAUGUCUGCUGCCAGCUGUCUGCUUUCUGAAGAUCAGUUCUUGUGCUCCAUCUGUUUGGAUGUUUUCACCAAUCCAGUUAGCACACCAUGUGGACACAACUUCUGUAAAAAGUGCAUCACUGAGUGCUGGAAAACCCGUGGUACUUGUCAAUGCCCCAUCUGUAAAACAGCUUUUGACACAAGACCUGAGCUGAAGGUCAAUAUUUUCAUCUCUGAGAUGGUUGAUCAGUUCAAACAGAAAGUCAGCAGCAGCUCAGAGCAACGAUCUGCUGAACCAGGAGAAGUUCUCUGUGACAUCUGUCCUGAAGCCAAACUGAAGGCCCUGAAGUCCUGCCUGGUGUGUCUGAUGUCCUACUGUGAGACUCACCUGGACCUUCAUCUGACAAGGUCAGGCCUGAAAAGACAUCAGCUGAUCGACCCUGUGGAGAACCUGGAAGGCAGAAUGUGUGAGAAACAUGACAAACUGCUGGAGCUGUUCUGUAAGAACGACCAGAUGUGUGUCUGCAUACUCUGCACUAUUUUAGACCACAAGUCACAUGAUGUUGUUCCUCUGAAAGAAGAAUAUGAAGGAAAGAAGGCUGAGCUGAAGAAGACAGAAGCUGAAAUUCAGGAUAUGAUCCAGAAUAGACGACUGAAGAUUCAGGAGAUCAAAAAGUCAGUUGAGCUCAGCCAGAAAAAUGCAGACAAAGACAAAUCAGCUGGUGUUCAGAUCUUCACUGCUCUGUUGGAGUCUGUUCAGAGAGGUCUGAAUGAGCUCCUCGAGACCAUCGAGGAGAAGCAGAAGAUGACAGAGGACCAGGCUGAAGGCUUCAUCACAGAACUGGAACAUGAAAUCUCUGAGCUGCAGAAGAGGAGCUCUGAGGUGGAGCAGCUCUCACAGUCUGAAGACCACCUCCACCUCCUCCAAGGCUUCCAGUCCCUGAGCCCUGCUCCACCCACCAAGGACUGGACUGUGGUCAGAGUCCAUCCACCGUCAUAUGAGGGGAGUGUGAUGAGAGCUGUGAGUCAGCUGGAGGAGACCAUCAGAAAAGACAUGAAGAACGUGAGUGAAGCUGAACUGAAGAGGGUCCAGCAGUAUGCAGUGGAUGUGACUCUGGAUCCUGAUACAGCACAUCCUUACCUCAUCCUGUCUGAUGAUGGAAAACAAGUAAAACAUGGUGAUAAACGGAAGAAUCUCCCAGACAACCCAGAGAGAUAUUCAUAUCAUGUCAGUGUUUUAUCAAAGCAGAGUUUCUCUGCAGGAAGAUUUUAUUUUGAGGUUCAGGUUAAUGGGAAGACUGAGUGGACUUUAGGAGUGGCCAGAGAGUCCGUCAACAGGAAAGGAAACAUCACAUUCAGUCCUCAGAAUGGUUACUGGGCAAUAAGGUUGAUUGAUGAAAGUAAGUACAAAGCUCUUUCUGACCCUUCAGUCUGUCUCUCUGUGAGGUCUCAGCCUGAGAAGGUCGGGGUGUUUGUGGAUUAUGAGGAGGGUCUGAUCUCCUUUUAUGAUGUUGAUGCUGCAGUUCUUCUUUACUCCUUUACUGGCUGCUCCUUCACUCAGAAAAUCUACCCAUAUUUUAGUCCUCGUCUGAAUGCUGGUGGUAAAAACUCCGCCCCUCUGAUCAUUUGUCCUGUCAAUCACACUGAAUAAAAUAAACAUUUGAGUUUGUGUUUGAAAUAAGGGAAAAAACGGUUUCAUGUUCUUAAUUAAUCACAUUUUUAGAUUUGUUUGAAUGAUCACAUUACUUUUUUUAUUUGCUUAUAAAAUGGUCACGUUUUUGAUCUACUUUUAUUGAUUCAUGUAAAAUUCAAACGUGUCAUGUUUUAUGAAUCUAAAAAUGCUGAUAACUCAGGAAUAAUAUCUGAUAAAGUGUAAUGAUCAGUUGUAUCACUGUAUUCAGUUAUUAAAUUAAAAAUAUUGAUCU